CUCGCGAUAUCUUCACCUCAGUGGCGGCUGUGUGGCCCGUUGCCCCUUGUUUAAUCCGGACAGAGUUGUCGAUGACGUUUGAAUGAAAAACAGUGCACAUUUUCUCCACUUCGGACCCAGGAAAUAAUGGCUUCUGCAUUGGAGCAGUUUGUGAACAAUGUGCGGCAGCUCUCCGCUCAAGGUCAGAUGACUCAGCUGUGUGAGUUGAUCAACAAGAGUGGGGAGCUGCUUGCCAAAAAUCUGUCCCACCUGGAUACGGUGCUAGGGGCAUUGGACAUCCAGGAGCACUCUCUGGGAGUGCUGGCUGUGCUAUUUGUGAAGUUCUCCAUGCCAAACAUCCCUGACUUUGAGACGCUUUUCUCCCAAGUUCAGCUCUUCAUCAGCACUUGCAAUGGGGAGCACAUAAGAUAUGCAACAGACACUUUUGCUGGUCUCUGUCACCAGUUGACAAACGCCCUUGUAGAACGUAAACAGCCAUUGAGGGGUGUUGUUGUCCUAAAACAGGCAAUAGACAAAAUGCAGAUGAACACAAACCAACUUACCUCAGUUCAUGCAGACCUGUGUCAGCUGUGCUUGUUAGCGAAGUGCUUUAAGCCCGCCCUGCCCUUCUUGGAGUUGGACAUGAUGGACAUUUGCAAAGAGAAUGGAGCUUACGACGCAAAGCACUUUUUAUGCUACUACUACUAUGGUGGACUGAUCUACACCGGACUCAAAAACUUUGAAAGAGCACUGUAUUUUUAUGAACAGGCCAUAACCACUCCAGCUAUGGCUGUGAGCCACAUCAUGUUGGAAGCCUACAAGAAAUACAUCUUGGUGUCACUCAUUCUCCAUGGCAAAGUGCAGCCACUGCCUAAAUACACCUCACAAAUAGUAGGAAGGUUCAUCAAGCCCCUGAGCAACGCAUACCAUGAGUUAUCUCAGGUUUACACCACCAACAACCCAGCUGAACUGCGCAACCUGGUCAAUAAACACAGCGAAACCUUCACAAGAGACAACAACACAGGCCUAGUCAAACAAUGCCUCUCUUCCCUCUACAAGAAGAACAUCCAGAGGUUAACAAAGACCUUCCUGACGCUGUCUUUGCAAGACAUGGCCAGUCGAGUGCAGCUUUCAGGACCCCAGGAAGCCGAAAAAUAUGUGUUACAUAUGAUUGAAGAUGGUGAGAUCUACGCUAGUAUUAACCAAAAGGAUGGUAUGGUCUGCUUCCACGACAACCCAGAAAAAUACAACAACCCAGCUAUGCUCCACAAAAUAGACCAAGAGAUGUUGAAAUGUAUAGAGCUGGAUGAGAAACUAAAGUCUAUGGAUCAAGAAAUCACAGUAAACCCCCAGUUUGUGCAAAAGAGUUUGGGAUCUCAGGAGGACGAUGUCGGAAGCAAAACAUCAAGUUAUUCAUGAGGGGCCUAAAAAGGGAAAGAAUGUUUUAGCCAACAUGUUCUUCCCAGGAUGAGUAGGAUUUUUUAAAGAGGAAAAUACACAUUCUAUUGCAUAAGGACAUUGGUCAAAGGAAAAUCUAAUUGUAUGGAAUGAUUAUACUUUUGGUUAUUCUUUCUUCAGUGUCUAAAGAAUAUCAAAAGAUCCUGACAGAAAAGGAAAACAUAAUAGCAGUUUUGUGAAUGUUUUAUUUAUCAAUGUUCAGGUCAGAGCACCACUCCCACAUUUACAGAAACCACAAAAAAAUAAAAACUGGACUAUUUUGUUCCAAUCAUUUGUGUGAAUAAGCUCGGCGUUUAUUCUUUUUUUCCUGCUGCAUGAUGGCCGUAAAAUAUGGGCAUUACACGAAAAAAAAAAAAAAGAUGGCUGGUGAGGAAUAAACCUGAUAUAUUCUA